GCGCGAUUCAAUACACAAAAGUUGCGGGUUAACACAUUCUCGUCGGCGAAUGUGUCAAUAAUUCCUCUGAUGCGUUACGACUCAAGGGUUCUUCAAGGGAUUGAAGUUCAGUUUCUUGGACGCCAAGUACUAGGCCGUCCGGCCCUCGACUCUCUAUCCCGAGCUUGGUUAUACAUACCUGGUAGCUCCGGUCUCGCUACUUAGUGUGGGAUAUUUCGUCCAAAAUCAGCGGUGUCGGGCUUUCCGUACUUUUUGUAUGUAGUUGCACUUCGUGACUCAAGCAUCGUCCGCGUCCGUUUAUCUCCUCCGGUUAUACCCCGAGAUAGAGACCGAAGAUGGCCAUGGCGGGCUUCAAUGGGUGUUUGCUGAAUCAAUUGAGGCAGUCCCGCGUUCAGCUGGCCCGUCACAUCGGCCGAGCGCCAUCUCGAGCAUACUCUGCACUUCCUAACGGCUCCAUUCCCGCCGCCAAGAAGAAGUAUGUCCCAACAACGGGCACGUACCCUCUCGGCUUCCGGGCUUCGGGCACGAUAGUCGGCGUCAAGCCGAGCAACACGACCAAGCCGGAUCUGGCCCUGCUGACGUCGGACGCACCGUGUGCAGCGGCGGCUGUCUUCACCAAGAACAAGUUCCAGGCGGCCCCCGUCACGUUCAGCCGGGACCUGUUGAAGAGGAAGAGCAACCAGGGGAUCCAGGGCGUCAUCAUCAACUCGGGAUGCGCUAACGCGGUCACGGGCAAGGGCGGCCUGGAGGAUGCCGCUAAGAUGGCCCAGGCGGCCGACAAGUGCAUCGGCCAGAGCGACAGCACCAUCGUCAUGAGCACCGGCGUCAUCGGCCAGCGGCUGCCCAUCGACAAGAUUCUCAGCAAGGUGCCGGCCGCACACGGCGCUCUGGGCGGAUCCCACGAGCACUGGCUGACGGCGGCCAAGGCCAUCUGCACCACCGACACCUUCCCCAAGCUCAUGUCGCGCACCUUCACCCUCCCCUCGUCUCCCGGCAUCGAGUACAGGAUAGCGGGCAUGACCAAGGGCGCCGGCAUGAUCCACCCCAACAUGGCCACCCUGCUGGGCGUCAUCGCCACGGACGCGCCCAUCGCCGCCGCCGCCCUGCCCCCGGCGCUCAAGCACGCCGUCGACCGCUCGUUCAACAGCAUCACCAUCGACGGCGACACGUCGACCAACGACACGGUCGCACUGCUGGCCAACGGCGCCGCCGGCGGCAAGGAGGUCGUCGAGGGCACUCCCGACUACGGCGCCUUCCGGGCCGUGCUGACCGACUUUGCAGCCAAGCUGGCGCAGCUGGUUGUGCGCGACGGCGAGGGCGCCACCAAGUUCGUGACGAUCCGCGUAACCGAGUCGGCCAGCGAGGAGGCGGCGCGGAGGAUCGCCAGCACGAUUGCCCGCUCGCCGCUCGUCAAGACGGCCCUCUACGGCAAGGACGCCAACUGGGGCCGCAUCCUGUGCGCCACGGGCUACUCGCUCCUCUCGGAGCCCGGGCAGCCCGUCAACGAGGUGCCCGAGAUUGUGCCCGAGAAAACCAAUGUGUCGUUCAUCCCCACGGACGGCACGGCCGAGCUGAAGCUUCUGGUCAACGGCGAGCCGGAGAGAGUUGACGAGGCGAGGGCUGCCGAGAUUCUCGAGCUUGAAGACCUCGAAAUCCUAGUACGGCUAGGCCAGGGCGACAAGCAGGCGACGUACUGGACCUGCGAUUACAGCCACGAGUAUAUCACCAUCAACGGCGACUAUCGCACAUAGUAGGCGAGGGAGUAUAUAUUUUCACGUCGGGGAAAAGGAACGGGGAGAGAGGGUAGUUACACUGGAAUAGACACAAAUAUACUACAACUCACUUAUUGCACAUCAAGUCUUAGCUACACUUUAAAUCUUG